AUGACACCUCCUAAUGUGAUGAUGGAUAGACUUUUCGCUGGUCCUUCUACAAAAUUUCUUGCUGUUGAAGGGCACAUCUUUACGGUUGAAGCUCGUAUUGCAACUUUAAUGAGUAACCAGUCCAUAAAUGCUAGUAUCAAUACAAUUACUUGUAAACUAGGAAAGUCAGUUAUCGAGAUGAUGCUUACUGCUAUCGAUGUUAUUUUUGCUUUCAAAUGGUAA